UUUAAGAUAUUUGGUUAUUUAGAAAUUACAUAUAAUUAAUAUUUGUAGGUAUAUAAUUUGUAUUUUAAAAAUUCAGGUAUCUAUUUAUCUUGGUUCUAGAUAUAUAUGAUAUAUUCGGUUAUUUAUAAAUUUUGGUUCAAGUUUGGUUUCAUUUUUUCAAUUUGGUACGAGUUGAUUAUUCGGUUCUGAAUAAUAUGGCCAAACAAUAUAAACUAUCUUAUAUAAAAAUUUAUAAUAAAAAUUAUUAAAUUCAAAAAAUAAAUCCGCGCUUUCUAAGCGCGGGUCAAAAUCUAGUUUUCAUUAAAUAAAAGUUUGUCAACAAAAUUACUAAUAUGUCUUCCGACUAAAAAGUGAGCUAAUUAAAUAAUAUCAAAAUUCAACAAAUAACUAUUUAUUAUAAAUCAAUAAUACCAUGUAUAUUUUUCGAAAGCAGAAAAAAUCUUGUCAAGUAACUUAAUUUUCGACAAAAAAAAAAUUCAGAAUUAGCACUUAGAAGUAAAUCAAUAAAUAUUUUAAAAGAAAAUACUUUAUCAUCCCGAGAGUUAUUAUUAUUAUUUUGCUAAAAGAUAUUAUCCCUAAUAUUUUGCCCAAUCAUAGUAGGAAAAGGUUAUCAAAACCUAAUGUAAAACUUAUACGGUGAAAAGUGAAAACUUGUCCUAUUUAUAAAACUAAAAGAUCCAAAGAUAAUUUCCUAAAGAUUGGUUGCUAUCUCUAGGGAUUAACAAUGUGGUGUGUGCAUAUUCAACACGCAUUGCUCUUUCUGACUAUCUUGCUUCUUUUGGUGGAGGCUUCAUUGGGUCGAUAUAUCCCAUUUAAGAUUCCAGACGGAUAUGUGAGGAUAAGGUGGGACAUCAUGAAUGAAACUCGUGGUAGCUACUCAGCUAAUGUCACAAUCACCGACUACUUGACGAAUCACGACAUUGAAGGGCCAUGGGCACUAAGAUGGAAAUGGAACGAAGACGAAAUUCUGUUGAGCACUGUGGGUGUUAUUGGUACACAACUUGGGAAGGAAUCAUCAGUAGGUGACAAUAAGUGGCCUUUGAAUAGUAAUUUGCCACCACGCAGGGAGAAAGUAGUACCAAAGUGUUGCGAGGACGAUGUGAUUGUCCCGUGGUAUGGAGAAGCUAACCUUGAGAAAAGCUCUUCUUCAUUCCAAAUUACUGUUGGCCGAGUUGGUAUAGAAUAUUAUCCGCCAAAAUUUGUGUUCACGACACCAAGAUCAAAACUCAUGUGUUUUCCAAUGAUGCGAUUUACUAAUACACGGGGUUACUUGAAGACGUGGACAGCGAUGUGCGGUCUCUUCUUAGAGUUCCUCAAGACUGAUAACGAAGAUCUAUGAAGUUGUGGGGGCUGUUUGCAUCUUUUUAAUGUUUUCGUGCCUUUUUUUUUGCUAACAAUGAUUUCGUGCUUUAAUACUAUUUUUAUGUGUUCAUGAGA